AUGUCAGCGGCAUGCGCCGAGCGGUGCGGGCUCGCGUCGCGAAUCGACAAGAGUUACGCCGGCCGGGCUGUGGGCGUCGGGUUCGCGAGGAUACUUGGACGAAUCCACGACGCCAGCAUUCGGAUUGGCAAUUCGUACCUGAGGUGCUCCUUCACCGUGAUCGAGCACGGCGAGAUCGACCUCCUCGUCGGCCUGGACGUCUUGCGCGCCCACCGCUGUGUAAUCAGUCUCUCCAAGAACAGGAUGAAGUUUCACGCCGGAGUCGGCCCGGCGAAAGAGGCGAGUGGCUUUCCUGACUAGAAUCGAGAGGAAAGGGGGGAAAUGCCAGCGGCGGUGGUACAGACCGCGGCGGCGGUCCUCGGGUGUGGACAGGGGCGCGGACCGCUACGGGUAUGGCGACGACAACGGCAACUGCAGCUAUUCGAGCGAAGAAGGAGCACGCCGAUCCUAUGGGCCCCCCAGUCGUCCGCCCCCUCCACGGGUGCUCCGAGAGAUGGCCAGAGGAACACGCGGAGACGGGGUCCCAUAUGGGAUGGAAAAGCGAUCCAGCCAACACCGUUCCAUGGAAGACAGCGACGACGGCGGUGGCGAUGGCCCUUCCCAAUCCAUCUGGCCGAAAAAACGAAUGAGGGGUUGGCCCCCCCGGGGAGUUAAAGAAGAGCUCGAGACAGGUGAGUAGAACCGCGAGGAGAGGGAAGGGCGGCACGCGGGAAAGGCUGACUCGCGGCGGCGCCGGCGGGGGCGGCGGUGGCACCAAAGCAGCGGCCUUGAAGGCGGGCACGCAUACUGAGGCGGUGUGGCUUGGUACGGAGGCUUAACGGGGACGCUGCGGCAAGGGUAAGGGCCGGCAUCGAACCAAGGGAGAGGAUUUUUCGUACUCCUAUUUUUCAUGUGUUAGCGGUUAGACCUUUUACCAAGCGUCCUGGAGAGGACAGAACAUUGAGAAAGCCCGGGGAGAUGGCGUGGGACCGAAAUACGAGGCACCCAAGCAUCCAGGAGGGCCGGGGGUAAGAACAUUGCGAAUUUGAGAGCCGCAACGGAGGGUCAUGGGAGGGGCGGGGGAGGGGCGGGGGUGACGUUUGGUUGGAAUUGCGUGGCUGGGACGUUUGGUUGAGGUGAAGGUGGGAAUGUGGUGCCGAGGAAAUUGGGGCGGAAACGGGUUAACCGGUUGUAGGACUAUCUGGCGUCGAAGCACCUGCGCCGACCACCGCCCAUGUAGUUCUACAGUAGUACCCAUUGAGCCGGGAUCUUGCUGUAAUUGUAGAUAGGGCGUGCUCUCGCAGAUGAAGAGCAGAGCCAGCGGGUGGUGAAGGGGCGGAGCGAACAUGGCAUGACGCCAACGAUGGUAUGAACAUCCAUUCAUCGUGAUGCCUAUGAAUGCGGGUGGUGCAAAACGCAAGUGCGACGGAAAGGAAGGGCAAAAAAUCGAGGCACCGAAUCUUC